CUCUCUCUCCUCUCCUCUCCUACCAUGGAGCCCGACGCCUCCUCCGCCGCCGCCGCCCAAAACCCUAACCCUAACCCUAGCACGGGGCUGCCGCCCAUCUCCGCCUACUACCAGACGCGCGCGGAGCACCACGCCGUCGUCUCCAGCGACUGGCUCGCGCACGCCGCCGCCGCGGCCUCGCUCCCUCCCUCCUCCGAUGCCGCCGACGCGGACGCCGCCUCCGACGCCGCGGCGCUGCUCUCCCCCGGGAGCAACGGCGGCGGCGGCGGGGUGAUCGAGGAGUUCAACUUCUGGCGCCGCAAGCCCGAGGCCGCGGAGGCCGUGGCGGCCAUCAUGGCGCUCGCCGCCGUCAUCCGCUCCAGCAGGGCCACCACCAUGAUGGAGCUCGAGAUCGAGCUCAAGAAGGCAUCCGACAAGCUCAAGUCUUGGGAUGCCACUUCCAUUUCUUUGUCUGCCGCAUGUGAUUUGUUCAUGCGGUUUGUAACAAGAACAUCACAUUUGGAGCAUGAGAAGUUUGAUGCUGCAAAAUCACGCCUAAUUGAGAGGGGAGAAAAAUUUGGAGAGAUAUCCUUAAAGGCUCGUAAGACAAUUGCAAUGCUCAGCCAGGAUUUUAUUUCAGAUGGUUGUACUAUUCUGGUACAUGGUUAUUCCAGAGUUGUUUUGGAAGUUCUAAAGCUAGCUGCAUCAAACCGCAAACUCUUCAGGGUACUUUGCACAGAGGGCAGGCCGGACAGAACUGGUUUACGAAUGUCAAAUGAACUGGCAGCAUUAGGCAUUCCUGUUAAGGUGCUAAUUGAUUCAGCUGUUGCUUAUUCCAUGGAUGAAGUUGACAUGGUGUUUGUUGGUGCUGAUGGGGUUGUUGAAAGUGGAGGAAUAAUCAAUAUGAUGGGCACUUAUCAGAUAGCUCUCGUCGCUCACAGUAUGAACAAACCUGUUUAUGUGGCUGCUGAAAGUUACAAGUUUGCACGCCUAUAUCCGUUGGACCAGAAGGACAUGACACCAGCUCACCGACCCAUUGAUUUUGGAGUUCCAAUUCCGGCUGGUGUGGAGGUUGAGACUUCAGCGAGAGACUACACUCCUCCCCAGUAUCUUACGCUGCUUCUGACUGAUCUCGGUGUUCUGACACCAUCUGUUGUGAGCGAUGAGCUUAUCCAACUAUACCUAUGAUCACUGGUACGGAGAUAUGAUGUACCGAUGUACCGCCGUGGAAUCUAAGGUUUUCCCUGUCAGUUUUUUGCUAUGUUGUAUUUGCCCUUUACGUGGAUGCAAUGUUUGGAGGAUUCACAAAAGGGUUAUGCAACAGAAGAUAACCCCAGUUUUGUCUAAAGCAUCUAUCUGGUGUUAAUAGUUUUGGUGUUGGUUGCGAA